AUGUUCCAGCCGGCGCCCAAGCGCUGCUUCACCAUCGAGUCGCUGGUGGCCAAGGACAGUCCCCUGCCCGCCUCGCGCUCUGAGGACCCCAUCCGUCCCGCGGCGCUCAGCUACGCCAACUCCAGCCCCAUAAACCCGUUCCUCAACGGCUUCCACUCGGCCGCCGCCGCCGCCGCCGCCGGCAGGGGCGUCUACUCCAACCCGGACUUGGUGUUCGCCGAGGCGGUCUCGCACCCGCCCAACCCCGCGGUGCCCGUGCACCCGGUGCCGCCGCCGCACGCCCUGGCCGCCCACCCCCUGCCCUCCUCGCACUCGCCACACCCCCUCUUCGCCUCGCAGCAGCGGGACCCGUCCACCUUCUACCCCUGGCUCAUCCACCGCUACCGAUAUUUGGGCCACCGCUUCCAAGGGAACGACACAAGCCCGGAGAGCUUCCUUUUGCACAACGCGCUGGCCCGAAAGCCGAAGCGGAUCCGAACCGCCUUUUCCCCGUCCCAGCUUCUGAGGCUGGAACACGCCUUCGAGAAGAACCACUACGUGGUGGGCGCCGAGAGGAAGCAGCUGGCGCACAGCCUCAGCCUCACAGAAACUCAGGUAAAAGUAUGGUUUCAGAACCGAAGGACGAAGUUCAAAAGACAGAAGCUGGAGGAAGAAGGCUCAGAUUCGCAACAAAAGAAAAAAGGGACGCACCAUAUUAACCGGUGGAGAAUCGCCACCAAGCAGGCGAGUCCCGAGGAAAUAGACGUGACCUCAGAUGAUUAA